CUGAAGAGCCAAGGGCCCUUCAGUAAAAACACCUUUCCAAAUUCCCAGUUUUUCCUUUCCUUUUUUCUCUUUUUCUCUCACAUACAAAACAAGCAUUGAAGAACUUUCUCUCACUAGAAAAAAAAAUGGCCACAUCUUCUAGAAAAUCAGGUUCAUCGUUGACAUCGGCGUUUCAUCGAUCAAGCUCACAGUCCGGCCGAUUCGGAAACUACUCAAGUGCUUACGCUGCUGACGUGGCAUCUUUGACAUCGCCGUUAUCAUCACCAUUCGCAUCGUCAACUAGCUCGAGUUUUUAUUCAUCUCCGUCAUCAACACAUGUAUACAGCCGCGCGUCUUCACCGACGCGUGUCAAUCUUCAUGGACUAGCUCCCGUGACGUCAUCAUCGGUGCGGUUUUCGUUAUCUAGCAGAUCCGGAUCUCCAAGCCGGUCGGUUGCAUCGAUGACUUCACGUGAUCAAGUCGUACGGAAACAGAAUGCCGGAAAUCCGUUGGCGAAUUUUCCGAAGAAGAAGACGUGUAUGUGUUCGCCUACAACGCAUCCAGGAUCGUUUCGAUGUAGUCUACAUAAGAAUUAUAAUUCGAGCCAAGGAGUGGCGUAUUCGCCUAACAGAUUAAAUGCUCGUAGAUCUGCGAUGACGAAUUCUCUAGUUCGAAUUGGAACCGUUGAAGGUGGAGAUCUGGUGAAACGAGCUUUAGCGGCGUUGAUCCGGCCGUCAUCGCAUCAACAACGGCGGAGAUCGGCGUUUGAACCGAGACCUAGCCGGUUAUCCGUCAUGUCCAAGGCCGAUGACUCAUGAUUUUAUUUUAUUCUAUUUUAUUUGAAUAAAAUAAAAUGAAAUAAAAAAAAAAUCAUCUAGUUGAGCGGUUACAGGUUUGGUGAUACAUUAUUUCUCACCUUUUAUAUUGCAGAUCUACAAUUUGGCGACAUGAACUGAUAGCGGUUAUAUCAAUUUGGCGACAUGAAAUGAAAAAGAAAUCUUCGUGAAUCCUUGAGUUUUGGAAUAUAAGGAUGAAAGCGUAUUCGAUUAUCGAAACGGAAAACGAAACGGAUCUACUUCAUUUGUAUAUAGAUGAUAGUUUAUGCUUUGCAGCCAUUUGUGAUUGCAAAAUUUCAAAGGACUUUUUGGAUUCUGACUCGCACUUUCCAUUCGACAUGAACUUAAAAAACAAACCUUCUAAAACAAAAUUCAAUUUAACUAAUUAUAGAAUUGAAUCUCACUAAACACAUCAAAUAAUUUAAGUGUGUGUGUGUGUGUUUUGUUGAUUUGUGUAUCUGAUUGAUCCAUCCGUUUUCGCAGCAAUUGUUUCCGUUGUCCGUCCCGUGCAGUGCUUCAGAUUCCGUGUUGUGUUCCGUUCCGUUAAGUUGAUUGCCGUUCAGUUACGUUCCGUUAAGUUGGUAGCCGUUAAGUUACGUUCCGUUAACUUUCACCGUUUACCGUCAUUAUCGCCGUUGCUAUUGAGGUAUCAUGGUUUAUAUGCUUUUCUUGGAAGGAAUGAGGGGAAGUAUGGAUGCGGUUUAAAGAUUUUGACCUUGACUAUUUGGAAAUGUUGAAAAAAAAAGGAAGAAAAUGAAAAAUGGAUGUCUGUUUACUUUAUGAUUGGAGAAGUUAAAUCAGUUGGGACUUUUUGGACCUUUAACACGUUAAAGACACCUAAUACCUAACUGGAAAGAUGGCGUGACAUUUGUAGACCAGCCUGAUUAUGGCCCUUUUUAUCUAUCUAUCUAUCUAUCCAUAAAUCCAUAAAAUGAAAAUUGGAAUUUGUUGAAUAAAACUUUUGGAAAUACGAUCGAUUGACAGAAGAUAAUAAUACAGUAAUAAUUUAAAUUAUUGUUCAUAAAAAGAAAAUAAAUUAGGACUUCUUUUCUUCGCUUUAAAGAAGGGAAACCAAAUGUGAAGUAACUCCAAAAAGUAAAAGGGAUGCAAUCCAAAUGGCAAGACGGACGGACCACAGCUAGUCGAUAGAACCCUAGCCAUGAAAUGAAAGUGACAUUCAUGGUAAGAGGAUGAAAAGACAAAUUUCUACAUCGGAUAAGCUCAUUCCUUCUUGAAUUGUAUUUUCUUUGAACAAAAUGCCAAAUUAUGAUUAUUGAUAUCAUACUUAUCCGUUGCUUCA